AUUAUAAAAUAUGGUAAUCACAGCUUAACUUCACUAUGGACCGGGAUUUUCCUGAUCUCCAUGGACCCCCCCUCCAUUUGGCUGGGCCCCGAAACUAUCCUUUGUCCCCUCUUAUGGCCGGCCUGGUUUCCAUUUACAUGAAUAAUAUUCUAUAUCUUUAGAAAUAUGAUCGUAUUUACAAAACAAGACAUUUUUUGGUAGUUUAUUGUUAUAAUGAAUUACAAAUUGAUGCUCUUUACGUGUUCUCAAUCUUGAUACUGGCUCUUUUAUAUUGUGGCAGAAAUCUGCUUUGAUUGAAUAUAAAUAGAACAAGUAUUACAGUGUUUGAGAUACUUCACGGCAAAACAAACAUCCACCUAAAAUACAAAUAAUUUCUGUAUUAUUCUCUGCUCAGUAAAUAUUAAACAGUGCUUUCAACUGAAAAAAAAAUAUUACUGGGAAAGUUUCACGUGAUGGGAUUUUGCCGGAAUUACCUUGCUACCGGCUUCCGGGAAGAUUUUCCGUCCGUCCGGCUCUGCGGACUCAAGGAGAGAAAGGAAAAUAAAUUCCUCAGUGUAACCACACUAAGGACCUAAGAUUCAUUAAGAUUUGUACACAGGUCCACAUCUGCCUCCCCAUGCAGAACCCCAUGAAAUGAAUAAAGCACCACAGCCUAUAACAGGACCCCCCUCCAACCCCCACCCUGCCCCCUCCCCAGGCCUUUCACAGCCCUCCUUCCCCCCUGGGCAGCCCCCUUCUGUUGUGUUUGCCACCCCACCGCCUCCACAAAUGAACCCAACACCACAGCCCCGACAGUUUGCCCCUGGGCCCCGACCUUUACACCAACAGGGAAGCUUCAGGUCGUUACAGCCCUAUUACGCCAACAGGACCAGCCUGCCUCCAAGCAGCACACCACGGGGUGUCCCUCCCAGCAGUGGUCCUCGACCUGUAACGCCCACCCACGUCUACCAGGCAGGCCCUGGCUCCCGAAUGAUGAUGAUUCCUGGGCAACAGCUGCAAUUUUCUAGCUCACCACAGGGUCCUGCCUACUUCAUACCUGGACAGUACCAGUCUGCAACAUAUGUGGCCACACCUCAGCAAUAUCCAGUCCCUGCAGGAACCCCAGGCUUCUACCCCAGCACCAGCCCCGCUGAAUAUGGUACUUACGCAGGGGCCUACUACCCCGCCCAGCCUCAGUUCACGCCCUCGGUGCAGGCAGCACCUGUCAUUAUGAACCCCGCCCCUCAACAGCAACAACCACCACCUCAGCCCCCGCAACACAUCCCCACCAAACGAGAACGCAAACAGAUCAGGAUACGAGAUCCUAACCAGGGUGGUCGAGACAUUACAGAGGAGAUUAUGUCAGGGGGCCGAAGUGGCUCCACACCAACCCCACCACAGACAGCCAUAUCUGGAUCAGAAAGUACAGCAGUGACCCAGGCCAACGGUGAGAGUGUCCCAGCUGCUACACCAGCACUGGUGAGACCAGAUGACAGAGGCAAACCUUCACCCCCUCCUCUAUCAAAGACCCCUGAGCUUGCGAAGGGUGACUCCAUCCUUACAGAGGCUGCCUACUCUGUCAUGAACACUAAAGCCACCUUGCCUCCUGUCCUAUCAGAAGCAGGGGACGCCCCUCUCAACACUGAUUCCAAACUUGCAGCCAGUGCUGCUGUUGCAGAUGUGAUGGAUGCUCCCCCACCUCUAAGGGAACUAACCCCAACCCCACAAUCAGCACCUGAGGUGCCUGCUUACCCUGCACCACUCCCUGACCCUGUCCCCUCUUCUGCUGCACAAGACAAAACAGACACAGAAGCAAAAGAGGAGGAGGAAGAUGAAGUAGAAGAUACAGCUGCCUCUUUGGACACAACACUUACACCCCCCUCCACCACCAACGGAGUUACAGAGGUGGAGGCAGAAAAGCUGUCUGUCAUGAUGCCAGCCAGUCACAUGGAGGCUCCUCUAGAAUCUCCCAUCGCUCAGCCAGAGGAGCUACGCCUCCCCAACGGUUUACCACUGCCGGCCCCUCAAGACCCAGAGGUGCCCGGCUUUAAUACAUCUGAGCGUGACGACAGCCCCAUUGCUGAGCCCGACAUCAGCCAGGCGCCUGUCACACAGACCUCUUCAGACAUUAUUCAGGCAGCAACUACUCCACCUGUCCAGACUACACCUACACCUGCUGAAGAGCCUGCACCUGCACCUACACCUGAACCUGCACCCACUGUCCAGGAGAUUGUUGCUAAUCCCUUUGUCUGUGCAGCACCCACCCAGGCUGAGACCCAAGAAAAAGCUCCUCCAGUUGACCUGGAUGUUAAAGAGGAAACCCCAGUGCCCCAGUCCAUCAUCACAGAAGAGAAGCCAACUCCUGCAGAGACGGUUUCCAGCGUCACUGACAGAACCCCAGAAACAGUGCCCACUCCCCCCCCUCCCACAGCAGAGGAGAGGGAGGAUACCCCUCCACCCCAGACAGUUACCCCUGCCCUUGUAGAAACUACUAUGCAAGCUGCUGUGUCUGUGCCAAAGAAGAAGAGGAAGAUGAAGGAUCUGAACAAAAAAGAGGCUGUUGGAGACCUCCUGGAUGCUUUUAAAGAGGAGCAGGUUGUGGCCCCACCUGAGCCUGAACCAGCCCCCGCCCCAGCUACAGAGACCCAGCCUCCUGCUGCUUCCCCUCCUGCCCCAGAGGAAGCAGACCUGACCUGGGAGGACAAAGAGGACAAGCUGGAUGCUGAGAACAUCCAGCCAGAACCUCAAAAGGACACCUCCACUGACAAGAAGUACCAGUACAAAGAGGAACAAUGGAAGCCAAUCAACACUGAGGAGAAGAAGCAAUAUGACAGAGAGUUUCUUCUAGGCUUCCAGUUCAUCUCUGCCAGCAUGAACAAGCCUGAAGGUUUACCUGCCAUCAGUGAUGUUGUCCUGGACAAGGCCAAUAAAACUCCUCUUCGCCAACUAGACCCUAGUCGCCUACCAGGUAUGAACUGCGGUCCUGAUUUCACACCCUCUUUUGCCAACCUUGGUCGACCUGGCAUGGGAGGAGGAGGCAGAGGACCACCUCCAGGGAUGGGUAUGGGAGUUGGUGGUCCACGCCGCUCUCAGCAGAUGCAGAGGAAAGAGCCGAGGAAAAUCAUCACCAGCAUGUCUCUCAGUGACGACAUUCAGCUGAACAAAGCAGAGAAGGCUUGGAAACCUUCAGCAAAGAAAUCUAGUCGUGGACGCGGAGCAGAAGAGGAUGAAAACGAUCCAGAAAACGCCAAGACCCAGGAGCUGUUUAAACGAGUCCGCAGCAUCCUCAACAAACUCACCCCUCAAAAGUUUCAACAGUUAAUGAAACAGGUGACAGAACUGGCUAUUGACACUGAGGAGAGGUUGAAAGGAGUCAUAGAUCUUAUCUUUGAAAAGGCCAUCUCUGAGCCAGACUUCUCUGUUGCCUACGCCAACAUGUGCCGCUGCCUUACAGGGCUCAAAGUCCAAACCGCCUCAGAUAAGCCGGGAGCCACUGUGAAUUUCCGCAAGCUGCUGCUAAAUCGAUGCCAGAAGGAGUUUGAGAAGGACAAAGAUGACGACGAGAUCUUUGAGAAGAAGCAGAAAGAGCUGGAAGCUGCCUCAGUGGAGGAGGAGAAGCAGCGGCUCAUUGAGGAGUUACAGGACGCUAAAGACAAAGCCAGGAGGCGCUCAUUGGGCAACAUUAAGUUUAUUGGUGAACUGUUCAAGCUUAAGAUGCUCACAGAAGUCAUCAUGCAUGAUUGCAUUGUAAAGCUGCUCAAGAACCACGACGAGGAGUCCCUGGAGUGCCUGUGUAGAUUGUUGUCCACCAUUGGAAAGGACCUAGACUUUGAAAAGGCUAAGCCUCGUAUGGAUCAAUACUUCAAUCAGAUGGAAAAAAUAAUAAAAGAGAGGAAGACCAGCUCCAGGAUCCGCUUCAUGUUGCAGGACGUGCUGGACCUUCGACUGAACAACUGGGUGCCACGACGGGGCGACCAAGGCCCCAAGACAAUCGACCAGAUCCACAAAGAGGCUGAGCUGGAGGAGCACAGGGAGCAGAUGAAGGUGCAGCAAGCCCUUGUCUCCAAGAAGGAGUCCAGUGGCGGCCCUGGAGGAAGGAUGGGUGGAGGCCCCGGUGGCCGUGGGGGACCUCACACCCCAGGACGCGGUGCUCCCCCCCAGGACGAGGGCUGGAAUACAGUGCCCAUCUCCAAGAACCGACCCAUUGACACAUCUCGCAUUAGCAAAAUUACAAAGACUCCUGUUCUUGACCUUAACAAUCAGUUGCUUGCCCCUGGAGGAAAGGGCACAUGGGGCAGCUGGGGUAAAGGCAGCAGUGGUGGUACAAGCACCAAACCUGCAGAAUCUGGCUCAGAAUCAGCCGGGCGUCCAGGCACCAGCACCCUGAACAGAUUUUCUGCCUUACAGCAGCCUUCGUCCUCCUCUUCAGUCGAUUCAGACAGACGAGUUCCUCAGAGAAACAGCUCAAGUCGGGAGCGCAGCGACUACGAACGCUCUAAUCGCGGCAGUGACAGAUACGACAGACGGGACGACAGACGGGACGACCGUGAUCGGAACCGGCUGCAGGUCACCAAGCGAAGCUUCAGCCGGGAAAAUGAGGGGCGGAGCAGGGAGAGAGAGCAGCGCGGGUCAGCGGAUCCUGUCCGCAGGGUGGCAAGCAUGACAGAUGAUAGGGACAGAGGCAGCAGAGAGAGAGCCAGGAGCAAAGACAAUGUGAAACAAGAGAAAGCUGCUACCCCACCACCUCCCCAGACCCCCACCAAGCCUGCCUUGACUGAAGAGGAGCUGAACAAGAAGUCCACAGCAAUCAUUGAGGAAUAUCUACACAUCAAUGACAUGAAGGAGGCUCUGCAGUGUGUUCAGGAGAUGAACAGCACUCAGCUGCUGUUUGUGUUUGUGCGAAACGGGCUGGAGUCGACACUGGAGCGCAGCACCAUCGCCAGAGAGCACAUGGGCCUACUCCUGCACCAGCUCAUCAAAGCUGGCACCCUCCCAACACCACAGUACUAUAAAGGGCUUCAGGAAAUCCUGGAGGUGGCUGAAGACAUGGCCAUAGACAUCCCUCACAUCUGGCUGUACCUAGCAGAGCUGAUCACACCCAUGCUUCACGAGGGAGGCAUCCCCAUGGGAGAGCUUUUCAGGGAGAUUUCAAAGCCUUUGAUCCCUCUGGGCCAAGCUGGGGUCCUGCUGGUCCACAUCCUCACUUUACUCUGCAAAGGAAUGAGCCAUAAAAAAGCCGGUGCUAUGUGGAGGGAAGCUGGCCUUCGGUGGAAGGACUUCCUGCCUGAGGACGUCGAUGUCAACAAGUUUGUAACAGAAAAGGAUGUAGAGUUCACACUGGGCGAUGAGUCCGAGAAGAGCAAAAAGAAGGAGCUGAGCUCUGGAGAGCUGACCAAACAGCUGGACCGGCUCCUACAGGACCAGGCUGACAACCAGAGGAUCUUUGACUGGGUUGAGGCCAACCUGGAUGAACAGCAGACCUCAUCCAACAUGUUUAUCAGAGCUCUGAUGACCUGUAUCUGCCAGGCAGCAGUUAUUUGUGAAAACCCUUAUAAGGUGGACGGUGAGCAGAUCAAACAGAGGGCCAAGCUGCUGCAGAAAUACCUGAAGGAUGAACAGAAGGAGCUGCAGGCUCUGUACGCCCUGCAGGCCCUGAUGGUGCAGAUGGAGCAGCCUGCCAAUCUGCUGCGGAUGUUCUUUGACACCCUUUAUGAUGAGGAUGUGAUCAAAGAGGAGGCCUUUUAUAAGUGGGAGUCCAGCAAAGACCCCGCAGAGCAGCAGGGCAAGGGCGUGGCCCUCAAGUCUGUCACCGCCUUCUUCACUUGGCUCCGCGAGGCUGAGGAUGAGUCGGACAACAGCUAGGGUCUGCUGGGAGGAACUGUGGGAGUACGGAGCGCAUCCUGGGGGCGAGAGUGAAUGUCUUGUGGACGAUUCAGGCGACUCUGAAUCAGAAAAAAAAAAAACCCUUCUGCAUAAACAGAAAAAAGCAAGAAAAAAAUUCUUCAACUGGGAGAGAUUGUAUUAUGGAUCGAACGUUCGAUCGUGUUAUUUUUUUGUUUUCCUUUUUUUUGGGUUUCUUGUUUUUCUUCGCGCAACCGAAUGUCUUUUUGAAAUAAAUGAAUUACAGGAUUAAAUACAGAGAUAAGAUAUGAGAGAGAGAGAGAGAGAGAAUGAUGAGACGUGUUACAAGCCGUAGGAGAUAUUGUUGUUUCCUUCAGUAUUUUUUUGAGGUUUAUCUCCUGUUUUUCAAAUGGCUGUUCCUCGCCACAGCAACACUAUUCAAGACACUUUGCUUAAUAACAGAUGAGAAAAAAAACUUUAAAAAGGCUGUUCAAAUCUAUAUUUUUGAUGACUUCAUCCUUUUAUCAUGUGGACACGGCACAGCAACAUUGUCACGCCACAUGUACGGUUUUCGAUCUAUAUGAUGAAGCGCUUGUGUAGUUGGUUAGCUUUUUGUUCUUCUUCUUUCCAGUGUUGGAUGAUUGGAGUGAGUGUUUUAUAAUAAAAAAGAAAACUACAAAGAAAAGUGGCGAGCACUGUCUAACGGACAUUUCAGACAGCAGUCGAAGUAACAGUUGUUGGACACCCGAGGACUACAAACAUCCCAAACACAGAUGGCGUCACCGGGGGAAGGGGCUACUAACAUUACCCAUUUUGCUGCUUGGGGACAACGAUGCUUCCCUGAUGCCCCUCAACCCCACCCUGAAAACCCCUGAUACCUCCUCCCCUGUGAUUUGUUUUUUGCGCUUCAGAAAAACUGUGGACAAAGGGAGAGCAAGAGUGAGGGCUCAUGGCUGCACCCUCCUUCGAAGCCUGUUAUCAGAUAAAAGAAAAAAUACAAUAUCGCUAAAGAAACUUGAAACAAUAUACAGUUAGAAGAAUCCACUUUAAUGAAAAUGGACUUUAAAAGUUUAACAGUACACAUCCUAAGGCCUUUUCUGCUUCCAUGAGUGGAAAUGCAUUUCAGGAGAGUUCUGUAAAUAUAUGAUAGAUUUUUUUCUUUUCUUUUUUUUCAAAGAAGAAAUGCUCUUUUCCCUGUAUUUAUAUUUUUCUCUCCUCAGCUGGCAGAAGGUGCUUGUAAUUAUCAAACCCAAGUCAUUGAUUACAGUUUAAUUGAAAAUUUGUAAAUACUUUUUUGCUUUACUUUAUUAAAAAGAUAUUUAAUUAAAGAAAAUUAAUGCCUCUUUUCACAUCCAAAACUGGAAGAGAUAAUAAAGAUUGUUGCCAAUAAAAGAAAAAAACUCCCAUACUUGUCCUUUUAU